UUGCCCGCGUGUAUAUUAUUUUUAUUUAGAAGGGGAGUUGCAAUCGCUUGUUCUGUCGGCAAUCGACUCGAACGUUUCACAAAUCCACAGUUGUAAGGUCUACUCUAGGCGAUCCAUUUUUGUUCUAAAAUACAGCUACUCACUUUGUAAAGUAAACUUUAACAGAUAUUCAAAAAUGGAGACGAAAAAGGUGUUUGACGGUAGAAGUCUAAAAGUUCUUCGUUUUAGCAUCUUAGAUGAAAAAAUUGAAUGCUACCCUUGUUUGAAUCCAUGUACAAAAAAUGUUGAAAAGAAAAAAGGCAAAAAGUUCCGAUGUCAUUUUCACUGCCCAACCUGUGGUAGAAUCAUAACAAGAGCUUAUAAUUUUCAAGCACAUUUCAAACUCUGCUAUGUAAAACAUCAGUGUUAUGGAUUUGAGUCGAUUAUAUCGGAACAACCGGAACCAACAGAAGUUCCACCCAUUACUGAAAGCCCAGUAAAAAGGUUAAAAAUGCUGGAUAUUUUUGAAGUCACUGCUGAACACUUGGAAGUAUUGGAAGGAUUUGUUGACUUAUUCAAAGCUAAUCCUUACGUGCUACACUCGGACAAAUUAAAGUUUUUCUACAAAUGGCUUAAAACAGAUGCGAGAAAUGCUCUUUCUGAAAUAUCAUCAGAGCCCGAUGAACCUACAGAUGAUGAUACAUUAUUUGAACCAGAAGCAGAGGAUUUAGAAGAAGUUACUUUGCAAAGUCAUCAACCUGUUGGUAGUAGUGGUAUUGUUAAACAGGAACCAGAUGGUGUAUCAAAAGUUAACUCAAAAAGAAAAUUUCUAAAGUGUCAGAUCUGCAAUCGCUUGCAUAAAUCUGAAAGUGCUGCCAUUCGUCAUUAUCAAAUCUUCCAUUCUGACAAACGGGUUGAACACAAAUGUCCUCGAUGUGGGAAAGUGUAUUAUGAUAAAAAAUCCCUUUAUAAACACAAUAAGAGGAAGAAUGGGUGUUAUAUAAGUAACAUUACAUUUAAAGACAUAGCGUGUAAAGUAUGUAAAGAGAAGUUUACCAACCAAGAAUUAUUGGACAUGCACCUCGAAGAAAAACAUAAAGGGGCAGAUUUAUUUUCAUGGAAAAACGAUGAUGCAACCUCGGAAACGAAUUUAGUUGAAAACUCUUGUGAUAAUUGUGGAAAAAUAUUCUUAUCUAAUACUUUAUUGCAAAAGCAUUACUUGCUUAAUGAAUGCAAUGCAGUGUAUUCAUGUCCACUUUGUACAAAAGUUAUAAAAAACAAAAGGUCAAUGCUCAGUCACUACGCAGAAUGUCAACAUAAUUACCAAAAUUCAAGCCCAUAACGUAACAUUGGCCUAAUAAGUCUGUUUAUUUCUUGUGUUUUUUAAUGAUAUUUUUAAGUACGAUGCACCAGUUUCUAUUGUCCAGUCUCUUACUUUGAAUUUUUAAUAAUAAAAUUUAUAAACAAAUGGUUAUAAAUUGCAGAUGCAAUAGUUGGUAAAGGUUAUGCAAAAUUGAGUCAUUUAUUCCCAAACUGCUCAAGACAUUGUGUAACAAGCAUGUUGGAAGAUGUGGGCAUAACAAAGAAAAUAAUAAAGACCCUUCGGAAAUGUGUUAAAAUUUUUACACAAAACCCAGAAAUAUUAAAGUGUCGUGAACUGAAUUUUCUUCAUGAUUGGAUUGUACAAUAUGUUGUUGAAACUGAUUUUGAUUCACAGGCAUUGUCUGGAGUUCAGACAAAAAUAUGGCCCAAUGAUAUGCAAGUAACAGUGGAGGUUACUAGCUCAGAUGAUCUAUGUGAAACACAAAAUAGCACAACCAACCAGAUACCACCAAAGGUAUGGGAAACUUCCAGUUUUGAUCGUAUAUGUGACCUUAGUUCUUCUCAAACCAAUACUGAAAAACACCUUGACCGAAGAAAAGAAGAUUUAGUUAAAAGGCACAACGAAAAUGAUAUGUUGGCUGGAAAAACAUGUGAUUGUAAGAAUGAUGCAGAUUUAGAAGAACCAAAGGCCAAGCUUGCAAGACUGUCGGUGGAAAAGUGUGGAAACAAAUCAAGCAAGAAGAUGAACUUAGCAAAACCUUUUCAAUGCAGAAUUUGCCUUAAAGAUUUUAAAAGCAUCAGUGGCCUAGAUAUCCAUGUAAACCAGCACACUGAACAACACAAGUUUGAAUGUUCAUACUGCGGCAAGCAGUACCUUAACACUAGUGGUUUAAAGUAUCAUCUCAAAAUAUGUACCAAGACAAGGAAGAGAGAAAAUUUGUUAGCAGACAAUAAACAGGCUUAUCAAAACUUGCUAAUAGAUUCUGUUAAAUUGACCAGAAAACACUUUUUAAAGUGUGGUUUACCCUUCCCUUCUUAUCAAAGUCUAGACCUCCACAGCCUGGAGGAUUCUGAGAAUGAAGAUGUAGAAUUUAAUAACACAAAAAACAAUGAGUUUGCUGUAUAUGAUAAAGACACCAAUACAUACAGCCUCCCAUGUUACCAUAAGUGUACAGACACAUUCAAACGCAGAUGUUCUGAAACAGGUUUUUGUUCAAAACAAAAAUCUCCAAAUCAUAAUAAGCAAUACAAAAAGUUGCCGUUUGGGUGCAAAGUUUGUGAAAUGAAUUUUUGUGAUGCUAAGUUGCUUAAAUCUCAUUAUGCAAGUUGCAAUAACUCUUCCUAAUACAUAAUAGUUAAAAACUUUAUAAAGUAUAGCUUAAUAUUUCAAUACAUUCUUUGUUUUGCUUGUGCUAUCUGUUGUUAACGUGCUUAAAUACUUUGUUGAUAAUGAUAUCAAUAUGAGAAUGAUGUUCAUAUAUUAAAGUAGAUCAUUUCUAUAGUCUUUGUUAUUUCAAGUGCAGAAGAAAAUUAUUUUUACCUUUAAAAGUGUUUUUUUCAG